AGGCAGUGAAUCAUCUUGUCGCAAUUUCUCUGCUAUCAAGGUGGAGUCAUCUUUGUCUGACCCGGAAGUAAUGCUAGCAGUUAUAGCGUGCAGUACAAGCUGUUCCUUGUCCUAGUAAUGCUGGACAGUUACAUGUCAGGGUUUAGUACAGCAGCUGGAGUUGUAUUAAUGAAGGACAUUUAAUAUAAUUAAGUUUCAGGAGUCCGAGGCUGUGGAGACAUGGUGGGCUACGACCCCGGGGCUCAGGGUGCAGCGCUCUCCCCAGAGGAGGCGGCCCUGGCCGGGUCAGCUGCUGGGAUGGUCACCCGAGCCCUCAUCAGCCCCUUAGACGUGCUUAAAAUCAGAUUCCAGCUGCAGAUUGAGCGUGUGUCCUCACUGAGUCCUGAGGGGAAGUAUCAGGGAUUAUUUCAGGCCUCUCGCUGCAUUUAUUCAGAGGAGGGACCCUCUGCUUUCUGGAAGGGCCACGUCCCCGCUCAGCUGCUCUCCAUCUGCUUCGGAGCCGUCCAGUUUGCCACUUUUGAGUUUCUGACGGAGGCGGUCCACAAGUCGACGCUGUACGACAGCCAGACUUCAGGAGUUCACUUCCUGUGUGGAGGUUUGUCCGCCUGCUCCGCUACAGUGGUCUGCCAGCCUCUGGACACGCUGCGGACACGCUUCGCAGCUCAGGGGGAAACCAAGGUGUACAGGAACCUGCGCCACGCUGUCUCCACCAUGUGCCGCUCAGAGGGAGUGCUGACGUUCUACCGCGGUCUGUGUCCGACUCUGGUGGCGGUGUUCCCGUACGCUGGGCUGCAGUUCUUCUUCUACAAUGUUUUUAAAAAGCUGCUGGGUCCACCACCCAAAGCUGCAAACUCAGGAGGGAACCUGAAAAGUUUGAUCUGUGGCAGUGGAGCCGGAAUGAUCAGCAAAACACUCACGUACCCCUUCGACCUCUUCAAGAAGAGGCUGCAGGUGGGGGGCUUCGAGGCAGCCAGGGUCCACUUUGGACAGGUGAGGAGUUAUCGAGGCCUGAUGGACUGCAUGGUUCAAAUCGCCAAAGAGGAGGGCGUCCGAGGCUUCUUCAAAGGCCUCUCCCCCAGCCUGGUGAAGGCCGCCUUGUCAACAGGCUUCACCUUUUUCUGGUAUGAGUUUUUCCUCAACAGCAUGCGUAGCCUCAAAGAGAGACAGAGAACAAACGGCCUCCAGGAAAGAUGAUGAAGGGAAUAACGAAGCACCAGCACAAUCACGCACACCAUCAACAGACCUCUGCCUUCUUCUUUUCCUACUUUACAUAUUUAUAUAUACUGGGUUGAUGUUCGGUGGUGAUUUUUAUUGUGUUUACAUGUCGGGAUGGGAAAACCUCAUUGUGUUUGUGCUGCCAUUACACCUCAUGUUUAUCCUGACAUUAUUAUUUUUUUAAUGUAUUCAACAUUUGAGGUGUCUAAGAGGAAUGGAUGCUUGCUUUUAAAAUCUAAAAAAAACACUUUAACAUUUUAUGGUCAAAGUGAACUUUGCACAUUUUAAGCUCUAACUUUUAUUCAUAACUUUAACUUCCAUUGAUGACUCCCAUUUUAUUGACGUCAAGCCAUUGAACUGGAAGUUAGCAACAUUGCUUUGAUUGUGUGGUCAUAUGCGCUCAUAAAAAACACGAGUGCUUGUGUAAUAUUUAUUUUAUUAUGCACUAUGAUGGAAAAAAACAGCAUCUUGUCGAGUAUUGUUUGUUAAAGCAGCUGUGGUUGUGCCUACAUGCCUGUACAACACUUUCAGGUCAUUGUUUUUUUUUGUAAUAAAAGCUUUUAUAAUGAC